AAGUAAAACGAAUUCAUGGAAAUUAUCAAAUAUUUUUCAGAAUUGCUGAACCAGAUUCUGUCAUCAUCAUCACUGCAACCUCUGGGAAAAGUUUCUUACUGCCUCUACGUCAUUCAUCCGUUCGUUCAAAUGCUGCAAUACAGGAGCGUAUCAAGCAGCAGAAAAUACUCAGAUCUCCUACAGGGAUCUCUGGUAAUCGGGGACAUUUGUUACUCGGUCGUGUUUGCCAUUAUUCUGCAUUUGACAGUUGAAGCGCCCACUUUGAAAUUGGAAAAUAUAUUUCUAGCUAACCUGAGAGACAAUUCGAAAACAAAAGAGGAGGAAAGACUGGAAAUGUUCAAGAGUAAUAGUGACGAAAAAGGACAGGUAUGAGAAAGUUAUCAGUGAGAUAUAGUUACUGAUAUUGUCAAUGAGAUAAGCAGUGGAUUGAGUGGUCAAAUAAAUAGAUAUAAGUAGUCCAAUGAAUAGAUUAGAAGCCUAGUGAGGUCCAAUUUAUAAUCGCUAAUGCGGCAGUAUUUGACCAUAAUUGGUGUUGCUAUCGAUCAAUUGACAAAUCAGAAAGCGCUGUCCUUCUCUAUCUCCGCAACGCUGCCUGAUAGUUUCUUUGAAAAAUUUAUAAAUAUAAUUAAUCAAAAUUGCUUUUAUUUCAUUUCCAAAUUCCACGAUCACUUCACUGGCGCCAGACAAUCGACUCCAACACUAACGUUUCAUUAGUUUAAUUAGAUUUAUUAGGAAAACUGAAUUUUUGUAACUAUUUGACAAAUCCUCAUACUCCUUCCAUAGGAGGUCACUGGAUGAAAUUUAUUACAUGAAAAAAUUUGGGAAUGAAUACGAAUCAAUUGAUAUAUGAAAAUGUAUUAUUAAAUCGUUGAAAAAUACAUUUCUUGACGAAUAAAAUAUAAUUGAUUAUUUUUCACAAGAUUGAACAGUUAAUAUUACAUCAAAUAUACUGGUAUCAGCCAUAGGAAGCUGUGGCAAGGCAGAGAAUCAACCACUCUGUUCUCAUAUCUUUCUCCACUACCAUUAUAAGGUGGACCAGUCUGCCUAGUGGAUGAUCAUAAGAAUUGAUCAAGUGACUUGCAUGGAAAUAAAUUUUAUUAAUUUUGUUGAAUGAGGAAUUUCAAUGGAAUUUUCAAUUUAUCUCAUUGAAAAUGUUGAUUUUUGAAGUAGAUAUUGUGGUUGUGCAUGAAAAAGUUCAUUUAUUCGAAAAUAUCACUUUGAUGUAUAAUAGGCCUUGGUGUUCUAGUGCAUGUGAUAUUAAUUUGUUGGAACAAAAUUCAUAUAGCAUGUAUUGUUUGUUGUUCAUCCACUACUCACACUCACAAUGAUCCACCUUUAUAUAAGUCGAUCAUGGAAAAUGAUCAAUCACAAUUCCAUCAUAAAUUGUCUUUUCAAUGAUAAUAAAUUCACUAUCAUUACUUGUCUGCAGAAUCAUGCUGUUUGUCUGACCCUUUUGUUUUAUCUUAUUAUUAUCUACACCAAAUACAUAUCAAAAUAUCGUUCUUCAUCACUCUCCAUUCUUUUCUUCUCCUUAUUCUUCCGAAUUUAUUUUUGGUCUUCAUUACAUAAAUCAUUCCAAGUCUAGUCAUUCUGAUUAACCCCAUUAACUUAAUAUCAUUAAUUAAUCACAGUUUUUUUAUUUAGACAUUUUUGAUUGAUUUUUGUUAUAUUCUUGUUAUGUAGAUUUUAGAGUCUUAUUUAUUGUUAUAUGUAUUUACAUUACAUCAUGUAGAUCAUAGAAAAAUAUUUCAUUGACAUGUAUUUUCUAUCGAUUAUAAAUGUAGGAGAUAAAUUAUUUAUUUUAAA